AUGUCUGGAAAUAACACUGAUGUUGUGAUCAAUGAGUCUAAUAGAUCUCUCUGCAAUGUCAGAUCGAACAGACCGACUGAACAAAUGAUUCGGUUCUUUGCAGGGACUGCACUUACUUUACUUUGUUCAAGAAUGAUACAUAGAACAAUGAAUAAUUUGAAAUAUAAACCAUCAAUAUUCCACUCUAAUAACAACCCUCCAAAGCAUAUCUAUCAAGGUGAAGCAACUAAAGCUCUUGUACUAUCAUCUGGUCUCUCUGUAGGAUUGUUCUCCAUGUUUAUCUUUGGUGGAUGUUGGAUCUAUGACAUAUCAACUUUAAAGGAAUUUACCGACAGUGUAUCAGCCGUAUUUAAGAGGCAUGGUCUUGGAAGUCAAAUAGAUGAAACAGAUGAAAACAAUGAAUUAUUUGAUAACAUAUCACAAUUAUUGGACGAUGUGGAUGAAUGA